AAUCCCUCCACCACCCUGCUUGUUUCUGUUUCUCGCGACCAUGUCGAAUCAGAACGAACCCUUCUAUCUCCGAUACUACUCAGGUCACUCUGGGCGGUUCGGACAUGAAUUCCUGGAGUUCGACUUUCGCACUUUAGGUGAUGGCCGUAGUGCCGCGGUGCGGUACGCCAACAACUCCAACUACCGCAAUGACUCUCUGAUCCGCAAAGAGAUGUGUGUGAGCGCGGCGAUGAUCCAGGAGGUCAAGCGCAUUAUCAAGGAGAGCGAGAUCAUUAAGGAGGACGACUCCAAAUGGCCCCAGAAGAACAAGGACGGACGACAGGAGCUGGAAAUCCGAAUUGGCAAUGAACAUAUCUCGUUCGAGACCGCGAAAAUCGGCUCGUUGGUGGAUGUGACCGAAUCGUCAGAUCCCGAGGGUCUCCGGGUGUUCUACUACCUCGUGCAAGAUCUGAAGGCUCUCAUUUUCUCUCUGAUUUCUCUCCAUUUCAAGAUCAAACCCAUCUAAUGAUAAUGAUCGACACGACCGGCUGAAACUGGAGGAGGCAAAAACCCGGCGUUUGGGGAGGCGCAGGCGAGAGAGAACUACGUCGCCAGGCGGUGAUGACGCCAUGCAAGAUUGAGAAACAAUACCCAUCGAUUUGAACCACGCGCCGAUAGAUGAUCUGUAA